AUCAAUAUGUAUUCAAAUUCAAUCUAACUAAUUAGUUUUAUAAUAUUUUGCAUAAUAUACUACAACUAUAAAAUAAAAAUUAAAUUGUUAAUGAUAUUAUUUAUCUUAGCGCGUGUUGUGCUAUGUAUUAAAAUGUUUAAUUUUUAUAAAAUACACAAUAUUGCAUAUAAUGUAAUAUACUUUAGAUAUACGAGUAAUAUAUUAAAAAAAUUACGAUGUUUUUACGACAAUGUAGUAGACUAGAAUGAGGUUAUCUUAGUGUAUGUUUAUUAAUAUAGAUAUAUUUCCUCGACUAUUGUCUUAUUUUGGAUUAACAUUUGAAUUAGAAUUUUCUGCGAUUUGAAACAUGGAGGUUAAUGUUGAUGAUAUUGUUAUGCCAGGGGAUAUUGUAAAAGAUAUUUUUAAAAAUGAUAUAAAAGAAACAGUUGUAUUGGGACCUGGACUUCGGCGUGAAGCUGACACAGUUUUUAUUUGUAAAGCUGGUAUUCUCAAAAAACGACCUCCUGCUGUAUAUUAUGUAAACAAUUAUCAAAAACGUUAUGUACCUACUCGAGGAGAAAAUGUUAUUGGUAUUGUCAUCCAAAAAGUAGGAGAUAUAUUUAAAGUAGAUAUAGGUGCAAAAGAGAGCGCAGCUCUUUCGUAUUUGGCAUUCGAAGGUGCUACAAAGAAAAAUCGUCCAGACAUUCAAGUUGGAGAUAUUGUGUUUGCAAAAUUACUUGUAGCUAUCAAAGAUAUGGAACCAGAACUUGUAUGCGUUGAUUCUCAAGGAAAACAGAAAAAAUUAGGUGUUUUAAGUUCAGACGGUAUGCUAUUUACUUGCACCUUAAAUCUCGUAAGGAAACUGCUUAAUCCAGAUUGUCCAUUAUUUAAUUUUCUUGCAAAAAACCAAGCAUACGAAGUUGCCAUUGGUAUGAAUGGAAAGGUAUGGAUUAAAACAAAGUCGAUACAUAUAACUAUCGCAAUUGCUAAUGCAAUUCUAGCAGCGGAGUAUACAUCUCCAGAAAAGAUGCAAGAUCUAUGCAACUCAAUUGAAAAAACAUUACUUAUGUUAACGUAAUAAAUAAAACUAAUAUGAUUAAUAAAUACAAUCGAAAUACACAAUAA